AUGUCUAAUGCACGUAUGCGUUUAUCGGUACCAGACGACGAAAUAGUCAAUCUAAACGUUGGUGGAACGUUGUACAGCACGACCAGAUCGACUCUGACGAGAUAUCCAGACACGAUGCUUGGUGCGAUGUUCAGCGGUCGAAUGCCGAGUCUGAAAGACGCUCAAGGAAACUAUUUUAUCGAUCGUAAUGGCGAUAUGUUCAAAUACAUCCUGGAAUUUCUACGCAAUGGGUCGCUACCAGAAGAUUGCAUAGAUUCAGCCGCCUUAUCCGUGGAAGCAGAUUUUUAUCAGAUGGUAGAACUGUCGGAAUAUCUGUCGGGACUGGCGACACCAGGGCACCCAGUGACCGAAGAAUUUUUUGUAGUGAAGUCUACAAGUUUUUUUCCUGCUAAUGAAACAGAACUAAUGUCAGGGCAAAGUAUUAUUUAUGCAUCCGUUGAUGUAUUGAAAUCCCUGCCUUCUAUUAAACGUUUUUAUGAUAAACAUGAAGAUGUACGACAACGUUUGGCGAAAAAGUGGCAGGAACAAGAAGCACGCCGGAGUUCGGGUUUACACUAUUAUGUUGGGGCUGAGAUACCAAAACCAAAACCAUGGCAAAGUGAAGUAGAUGGGUUAGCGUGCGAACAUCGUUAUGACACGUCUAUUGUGCGUAUAAAUCAUCUUGAAGUUUUCAAAGAUCUGACUAGUAUUGGUUUUCGUCUCGUCAGUACCACGGUACACGGGUCAGCGGAAUACGAGGUGAACUAUUGGACAUUUAGCCGCGUGGUGCAAAAUUUAAGUUCACCGUGA